AUGGAUACCAUCUUGGUCUUUAGCCUAAUCAUCGCAUGCUAUGAUGCCAACAAGAAAGACCUCAGAGAUAGCAGUUGCCAAGUGGAACAGCUGCCUGGGCUCUUCCCAAAGGACGUGAGAAGCAUCAAAGAAUUGCAAAUGCAAGAAACUCACACAGAAACCAAAAGGCCAACAUUCAUCCAGAAUCGGACUGUAGCUACCCUGCAGUGCCUUGGCUCUGGCAGCAAAGUCAAAGUCAACCUCGUAUAUUUGGAGAGGAGGCCAAAGGUCAAGCAUACUCUGAAGAACCUGAGAAUCAUUGCCGCUCCCCACAGAAACAGCUCUGCCUCCUCAAGCUGUCACCUGAUCCCCACAUCCACAUUUCAGACUGGAUCUCUUCUAACAGGCAAAGCUUUUUUACCAGGGAUCUCGCAAUGUAAAGUCUAUCCAGUGAUGAGGGCUUCAUCAGAGACUUUUUCCACCACUACCCCUUCCAUAACUCCUGGGAAUAAAGAAGGAGAGAAAACUACAAGUACUGACACAGAUGAGAACCUAGAGAAGAGAAAGAAAUGGAGUAUUGUGGUCAAAAUUCUGAUUGCUGUCACCCUGUUGCUCAGUGGAAUCGCCAUUAUAGUAUUUAUAAUUUUUGAAGUCCCAUGCCCUCGUCAAUGCCUACGAGCGCGGGAGCUGUGCCAAUGCCAGUGGUUGUGGAGAUGGGAAAGGAAGCAAGGCCAGCCAUCUGUGACAGCUGAAUCCAAGUCUGACUCUCAGCCACAGAAGGAAACUGCUGCUGCUGCUAACUCAUCAAACCCAAAAAAAGCUGCAGGGAUCACUGUUAUCCACCAGACAUACUUCUGA